AGAAGGCUUAACUGGAGUAGGCAGCCUCUCUUCCCCUGCCACUGUACCGGGGAUGGUUCCCCAUCUCAUUUAAUUGGGACUCUGACCUGGAAAUGCCCAAAAGUGUGGCAACGAAGCACUAUCAGCAUGUUUUGGCCUUGGCACUUGCCAUAAAGGAAAUCAACAACAACCCCAUGCUUUUGCCAAAUGUCUCUCUGGGACUGCACGUCUAUGAUAGCUACUUGGACGGACGGAUGACUUAUCAAGCCAUCCUGAAACUGCUGUCUGCUCGGCAUAAAAGUGUCCCCAACUACUGGUGUGGUGGCCAGAAGCUGAUGGCAGUUGUGGGUGGUUUGCAUUCAGAAACUUCCAUCCAGAUAGCAACCAUUCUAAGCAUCUACCUUAUCCCACAGCUCCUAUAUGGAUCCCUUGCUCCUGUGUCAAGGGGGAAGGCCCAGUCCUCAUCUGUUUACCAGAUGGUUUCCAGCGAAGCCCAUCAGUAUACUGGGAUUGUUCUUUUGCUGAAGCAUUUCAGGUGGACGUGGGUUGGGCUUUUGGCUGUGGAUGAUGACUAUGGGGAGGCGUUUGUGCAGUCUUUGCUGCCAAAGUUUUCCGAGAAUGGCAUCUGCUUUGCCUUUAUGGGAAGAACACCCAAAGUGUCUUUUAUUCCAGGAGUUACAGAAUUUAUAGGCAUUCUGGGUAAGGCAUCUUCAGUUCUGAUCAAAAGCCAAACCAACGUGACAGUCAUCUAUGGUGACGUCCAGUCAGCCUUUGGACUACAGCUGAUGCUGGCCGCAAUUGACUUUAGUACCGGGAUCCCCAUUGACAAAGUGUGGAUUACAACGGCCCAGUGGGAUCUGUCCUCAAACACCUUUUAUAAAAUGCCCGACAUCCAGGUUUUCCACGGUGCCUUCUCUCUUGCAGUUCACACAAACGACGUGCUUGACUUUCAUAAGUUUGUUCAGCACAGAAACGUCGACUCGUUUAAACAAGAUGGUUUUGUCAGGGAAUUCUGGCAACAGGCUUUUGGAUGUCUCCUGCCACAGACUCCUGAAGACGAGAAGAGCGAGGAAAUGUGCAGCGGGGAAGAGAAGCUGGAGACCCUUCCAAGACUGAUUUUUGAAAUGAGCAUGACAGGCCACAGCUACAGUAUCUAUAAUGCUGUCUAUGCUGUGGCACAUGCUUUCCAUGGAAUGUAUUCCCUCAGAGCCAGAGACAAAGCAACCGUGCAUGAAGAUGGGAUAUUGCUUGAGAAUACUCAGCCAUGGGAGCUCCACUCUUUCCUGAAGAACAUCUCCUUUAAUAACACCAUGGGGGACCACGUCUUUUUCAGGAAUGGAGAAUUACAGUUGGGAUUUGAUAUUAUAAACUGGGUCACUUUCCCCAACCAGUCCUUCCAAAGAGUGAAAGUUGGAAGGAUGGAUCCACAGGCUUCUCCAGGGAAACAGUUCAGUAUUGAUGAACAGAAGAUUACCUGGCAUAACAAGUUCAAGCAGGUGGUGCCCCGUUCUCUGUGUACAGACCGUUGCCGUGCUGGUUUUAGCAGAAAAGUUCAAGAAGGGAAGCCAUUUUGCUGUUUUGACUGUGCUCCGUGCUCAGAAGGGAAGAUUUCUGCUCAGGAAGAUCCCCCAGCUUGUGUCUUCCCCUUUGUUUUUGACGGGAGACGCUACUCUUCAUGCACCAAGGAUGGAACUGUUGAGGAGAAGCUGUGGUGUGCCACAACCAACAAUUAUGAUAAGGACAGCAAGUGGAAACACUGUUCUCUUGAAGAAUACGGAGGCAAUUCCAAUGGCAAACCUUGUUUCUUCCCCUUUGUGUACAAGAACCAGACUUUCUACACCUGUACGGAUGAGGGCAAAGCAAAGGGAAGAUUCUGGUGUUCUACCACAAGCAACUUUGACCUGGAGCCUCGAUGGAGCUUCUGCGCUGACAUCCGUCUAGAUGCAAACCCCAAGGGACCUUGUGUCUUUCCUUUCCUCUACAACGGCACUUCCUAUUCCUCAUGCACAUCGGAUGGGAUUUCUAACAAGAAGCUUUGGUGUUCUCUCACCAGCAACUAUGAUGCAGACUUGAAGUGGACAUACUGUCAACCCUCAGGGAAAAGGAAAAUCGAAACAGGAAGUUCUGAAAUAACAACUGAAAGAACAGCCAUGUUAAAGACUGAAAAAGUAGACCGAGGUCAAGUCACGCAAGCGAAAAGAAAAAUGGAAACGGGUUUUUUCAGAAUGACUACGGAAAGAGGAGCCACUCUAACCACUGGAAAGGAUGACCAAAGCCGAACCACAAAAGGGAGAAGUAAAUUAGAAGCCUGGGUUUUCAAAAUGCUGGCGGAAAGAGGGUUAACACCCAAUACUGGCAGAAUCGUCCAAUGUCCAGGUGCAACAGGGUUAAGCGAAAUCAAACCAGAGGUUUUUGAAUCAACGACAGAAAGAGCUGCCACAGCAGAUACUGGAAAAGUAGACCAAGGUCAAACCACAAAAGGGAGAUUUGGGAUUUUUCAGUCUACAAUAGAAAGAGGAGCCUUACCAGAUACUGAAAAAGGAGACCAAGACCAAGUCACGAAAGGGCCUGAUGAGAGUGUGGAAAGUCCAUCUUGUGUCUUUCCCUUCACCUAUAAGGGCAAGUCUUAUUGGAGCUGCACCACAGAUGGGUGGAGUGAUGGGACAUUCUGGUGUGCCACCACUAGUAAUUAUGAUGCUGACAAGAAGUGGAAGGUUUGUCAAGUCUCAGGGCCAGAUCCAGGUGUAGAAAGUCCACGAUGCAUCUUCCCAUUCAUUUACAAGGGCAAGUCCUACAGCUCGUGUACAUCUGAGGGUAUGAGUGAUGGGAAACUCUGGUGUUCUACCACCAGCACUUAUGAUGUGGAUAAGAAAUGGGUGUACUGUAACAUCACAGGUCCAGAUACAAGCGAGGAAGGCCCUUCCUGUGUUUUUCCCUUCAUCCACAACGGCCAGAACUACAGCAGCUGCACAGGGGACGGACGGACAGACGGGAGGCUCUGGUGUGCCACCAGCAGAAACUAUGACAUAGACAAGCGAUGGGCUUUUUGCACUGUCACAAAAACUGGCUGCAUCUUCCCUUUUGUCUAUAAAGAGAAAUCUUACCGAAGCUGCAUUGUGGUGGGCCACGGUGAAAGGAAACCCUGGUGUUCCACCACCCCAAAUUACGACACCAGUUCAAAGUGGAGGUUAUGCAAUGAGUCAGAUGCCCUCCGUCGCUCAUGGCAAGACUUACCAUUGCGGCACCCCAUCUGGGGACCUAGACGGGAAGUUCUGGUGACCCCUCCCCAGCAGCCUUGAAAAACAGACAGGAUGUGGCUUCUUUGUGCUGAGUCGGGUUUUGCCUGAAGGGUUGACAAACCAGCCCGCUGGCUGUCUUGAAAUCCUUGGACAUCCCUGAUUCUAGCCGGUCUGAAUGAUCUUCCGGAGAUUGACAGAGCAUUUCAAAUAAAGCAAACAUCAAUUGA